AUGCCUUCAUAUCACAACAGAGCUUUGUUGCUUAUUCGAAAGCACCCACUUCUGGUCAUUUUAGUCUCGACAAUCACUGUGUUUGUUCUCCGUGCUUUACUAAGAUUUCCUUCCGAUGGCUCGCUUGCUCAUGGAAGAACAAGAUCGCGUGCUCCCGAUGAAAUCAGCAUGCUAACAUACAACAUUUGGCGUUCUCCUGAGAAGAUGCGGGAGCGAAUAGCAGCUUUGGGACAAAUCGUAGACGAUCUCGAGCCAGAUAUUUUGGUUCUUCAAGAAGUGACACUGGAAAACUUGGUAGUGUUAAAAGAACAGAGGUGGUUUUCUAGAUAUCGCUUGAUUCCCCCUGAUGUCACGGUACAGGGAACGAUUUCUCUCGAAAUCAUUUUGAUUACGUAUCCAGCAGUACAAAACUGGUAUAUUUCCCGAUUUGUGAAUUCUCCACGAAAGCGAAAACUUGUUGUUGCAGAAACUACGCAUCUUAUUCCUUCGAAGGUUCAGUUUGUGAUUGCAGGAACACACUUUGUCCAUGCGGGCGAGAAUACUAUUCUUCGCGAGCUACAGUUAAAGGAAUCACUGAAAGUUCUCUCCCCUUAUGAAAAUGUCUGCGUUAUGGGUGACUUGAACAUUGAAGAUAAGGUUGACGGAGACAUUGUUCUUCCUUCUCCUUGGAUUGACGCAUGGCUGUCUCUACCAGGAAACACUGAUAGUAAUGGACUAACAUGGGAUCGCAGCAAAACCCCUUUCGCCUCUGUUCUCAAGAGAACUGUAAACGCCACAAGUUACAAAGCAAGACUGGAUCGUGUUCUUUGCAAACUGAGCGAUUUCAAAGUCAAGGAAAUGCGGGUCGUUGGCGACAAGUUGACGAAGUCUGGAAUUCUCCCAAGUGACCAUUUCGGUGUAUUUACAGUACUAUCAGCGACGGCUGUGACAACACGUCACCGAAAUCGUGAGACUGACCAAGAAGUCGAAGAGGUUUACUUUCGAAGACCAUCUGACUGGAAGAGGUUAAUUAGGAAGGUGUAAAAUUACGGAAAAUGUAAACACCAAAAACUGGUGAAUAAAGGGCGUAGCCACCCCCUCCCAGAGGGUAAGUGCCGCAACAAAGGCGAGGGUGUUCUGGCGGAUACUGAAGCAGUUCACUUUCAGACAGAGUGGAGAAAAUAGACUUUUAGCCGUAUCACCUCACUACCUGUAACGUAAAAUAACUUCUCAUUGACAUGAAGAUGCAAGGUUUCUGGUUAAUAGUAACUAACAGAGUCAAACUUGUAUAUAACAGCCCUAUAUAUAGCGGUCACCUUGCCUUAUAUUUUCUGCAAAGUUGACCUCUAUAUAGUGAUCACCCUGUAUACAACGGUCACCUUGCCAUUUGCCUAGGGUCACCACUAUAGACCAUACUGGUACAGCCCCGCUGACAGGAGGGAGCUUUCUCCUUUAUUGGCCCAGAACUGUGGAAUACCCUCCCAUUAAGUAUAAAACGUUGCAAGUCAGCAGAAUCUUUUAAAUCCACUCUUAAGACAUACCUUUUUAGAAAUUACUUUGAAUUGUAAGAAUCAUUAAUUAUUGCAUUUUAUCAGGCUUUUUUAUGUUAUUUACUUUUCAUUAUCACUCACUGUUGUAAAGCGCUGUUGGUUGAGUAGAGAAACAACGCUAUAUAAGAUUAUUAUUAUUAUUAUUAUUAUUAUUAUUAUUAUUACAGUCAAACCAGGUCAAGCGUUCCCGUCGCUAACAAACUAAUGAAUUCAUUAAUGGCAAAAUGAUUUCGUUUGUUGAUUCAAUAAUCCAUUCAUAAAAUGAAUAAUCCAACAGUCAAAUUGGACCUCGAUUCAAUAAUCAAAUGUUGAUUUGGUUUAUGAACAAAAUCUAGCUGUUCUUUGUUCUUGUCUGUUGUGUUCAAUCGUAUUUGCUUCCUUUUUCCUGCCUUUUACGAUUGCGUUUUUCAUUGCCUUUAAUCAAAAUAACAGCUAGAAUAGACAGACCGCAAACGCAAAGAAACUAUGAGAAACUGACAAAGGCCGAGGAUCGAAAUCCACCAAUCACCGCACAUACACUGACCUUAGUUUGACCGUUGUGUUUUCUAAGAGGUCAGGCCUAGGUCUGUUGCACUGAUUACUGGCAGCAAACUGGCGUACAUGUAACAGUUUGUUUGGGUUUGAACUUCAGAACUCGCCAGCACUCGACUCUCAGAAAAAAAAGAGGAAAAAACAAAAUUCUGAGGUCAACUUGUGGAAAGUGUAAUUUUUCAAAAAACAGUAAUCGAAUCAACAUUCGAUUAUGGAAUCGAGGCUAAAUAUGAAUAUUGGAUUGUUCAUUUUAUGAAUGGAUUAUUGAAUCAACAAACGAAAUCAUUUUUCCGUGAAUGAAUUCGUUAGUUCGUUAGCGACGGGAACGCUUGACCUGGUUUGACUGUAACACAGGUUUGACAGUAGUUAGAAAUACAGUAAAGGUAUAACCUGGGGGUUCAGGGCUCCCUGAGGCAAACAACAGCCCAAAGGUACCUCUUUUAAAUUUCCCCAAAUAAGAUUAAUUUCAGCACAUGUAUUAGCUGCAACAUUUGCCCAGCGAAUCGUAUUAAAGAUAAAAACUGCAAAACUUCCAUAAAUUGUAAAAGUUGAUUACUUCUGACAAACAAACCGUACACCCAUGCUGAUUUACGAUCUGGGUGAAGAAAGACUCGGAUAUUAGUACUGUACAUCCUCUGUGAAGCCAGGUGGGGCUUACUUAUUUCCAGCGCGUUUGAUAUGGGGGGGGGGGGGGGGAGUUUAAUUGAGUGGGCAGGCUUAUUCAGUUUAUACUGCCUUUUGAAAAGAACCAAAUAUUGUUUUUUCCUUUUGAAGCCAGAGUGCAACCAUCAGUUGUAACAAAAUACAAUUCAAACUCCAGGUUUAUUUACGUUGCUUUAAUUUAAAAUAAGCAAGUAAAAAUUUGGUACUGCAUUGAAUCAUUGUUAUUCUGUAAUUAAUAUCAUUACUGUAGUUUUACUAUUCAAUCAUAUUGCAUUCCUCGAAAUUGCUGCUCGUGUCCGCCUCUACAUGUGACAUUGAAACCAAUAAUAAAAUUCUUAAUUGCAGAAGUGGAAAAAAACAACAUGUUCUCGUGUGUCACAACUUUUAAUCUGGCACUUCAUGUCCACGUGCUAACAAGGGCCAAGAAUCCUCCAAGAUUUUUCAAUAAAAAUAAGUGA